AGACAAUAUGCAGUUGUAGAUAAGGAUAAUGUCGGUAAAGUCGUUCAACUUUGCAGAACACUAGGGCAGACACUUUUUACACGCAGUUUCUUCUGUUACCAUUAAUUACGUCAGAAAUGGGAUUUUCUUUGUUCUUUCUAUUGAUUUGUUUUGCGAUUCACAAAACGCAAUCGGCGUCAUUUAAAGAUCGUCAGCUGUCCCCGGUGUCUGAUCACUGUCCCAACGGCUCUGUUCGACAUGAUCAGUCUUGCUACUUGUUUUCGCACCUUCUUGCCAACUGGCCGGAAUCAAUGGUUUACUGCCAAGCGUAUGGUGCCCAUCUCGCGUUCAUUGAAUCGGAUCGGGAACAGAAAUUCAUUCAAGCACAAGUUUUUUCCACAAUGGGUUCCCAGACAGACCCAUUAAAGUUCUUCUGGUUAGGUGGGACAGAUGCCGUGUCUGAGGGCGAAUGGUUCUGGGCCAACAUAGUAGAACCAAUUACGUACACGAAUUGGAACCCCGGAGAGCCAAAUAACGACAACAACCACGACGACCACCACCAGGAUUGUCUGGCCAUGUACAGCAGUUCUGGUCUCUGGGAUGACGGAUACUGCGAAGUCAAACACAACUUUAUCUGCGAAAUCGAACUUAAUAGUGAAGUACCCAUAGUCGGAUAGGACCUAUUCAAGAUGAAAAUCCCAAGCACAAACUAUUUCAUAUAACAUGAAUACUUAGUAGUUUAUUUUUGAAGCACUUUGACGCCAAAGAAAAGAUAAAACUGUUAACAGAUGAUUGUCCUUUGUUUGCAAUAUACAACUUGACUAUGUAUUAAACGCAAUGUUCAACCGCAAA